GAAGAGAAAAUGAAACGUCUUACAAGUGUACUAAAAGACUUCUAACACGAGAUAUGUUUCUUCAAGGAGCUACGGCAAAAAAGAAGAUGGAGUUUGAGACGACGGAGACUGUACGCUCAACACCGAGUCGCCAUGAGAAAAGUUUGGGGCUCCUGACAAUGAAGUUCGUCAGUCUGCUUCAAGAAGCGAAGGAUGGCGUCCUUGAUUUGAAAGUGGCUGCAGACAGCUUAGCAGUGAGGCAGAAAAGGAGGAUAUACGACAUCACCAACGUGCUGGAAGGAGUGGGGUUGAUUGAAAAGAAAAACAAGAACAUAAUCCAGUGGAGGGGAGAGAACUCAGGCAGCCAAACUCAGGAGGUGCAGGAGCAGGUGAAGGUUUUGAAGGGCCACAUUUCUGAGCUGGAUGCCCAAGAGAAAGAACUCGACAACCAGAAGGCAUGGCUGGAGGAGAACAUCAAGCAACUGAACCACGAUCCCCUCACUAGUACUUAUAAAUUUGUGACUCAUGAAGACAUCUGCAGUGCCUUCAGCGGAGACACUCUUCUUGCGGUGGUGGCUCCUGCUGGGACUCAGCUGGAAGUACCCCUACCUGAAAUGGGUCAUAGUGGUCAGAAGAAGUACCAGGUGAACCUUCGCAGUCACUCGGCUCCGAUCCAGGUCAUGCUCAUCAACAAAGAUUCAGACUCUGCAGUACCUGUGGUUUUCUCUGUGCCCCCCACUGACGACAUCUGUCCAAUGCCAACUCCACCCAGUACCCCUGCCAGCCUGCAAAGGUUCCCUCUCACCUCAUCACAGUACUCUACCUCCAACAUCACCUCUUCCUACUGCAGCCAGGACUCUCUCUGCUCAGACCACCAGAUGGUGCUGCCAGAACACGAUGACGUGUUGACGCCAUCGUCCAGCCCUCCAGAUGUACAGAUGGAGUGUCACAGUCGGUCAUCAAUCAUAUUUGAGCAGCAUCAGCUGGAUCUGGAGGACCCGGAUUUCCAACCUGUUCUGGAAGUGAGCAGCCUGCUGAAGCUUAGCGCUGCCGGAGACCACAUGAAGGAUGACAGAGAAGGAGCUGUUGACCUGAUUGAUGAGCUAAUGUCUACUGAUGGUAUGUACUACAACUUCAACCUGGAUGACAACGAGGGAGUGUGUGACCUUUUUGAUGUGCAGAUCCUCGAUUACUGAUGUCAAACAGAGCCUGUACUGUUUGCUAAUACGACACACUCCAAGCCCUUUUCUGUUCCAGUUUCACAGAUGAUAAAUCAUACAUUAAAUUAUCAUCUCUAAAAUCCAUCUAAAACUAUUUGCCAUACAACUUUAUUUUAAUGUACUGGCCUUUUUCCCCUGAGCCAACAUCAAACAAAGUGCCUGAAAAAAGAAGAUCGAGACAUUCAUGCAGGCCAGAUUCCUUUUUUUUAUGGUUUCCUGAGUGAAUAUCUACAUUGUUCGUGAGGGAUUAGAUGCCUGAGUGGAAGGCAGCCAGCACAAAUCCCUUAGCCUCCUACUUCUGUUAUGCAUGUAAAUACCUUUUAUAUUGUUUUGUAUCAGUUGGUAACCAGAGAUUUGGACCGUUUUUAUUUUCUGUAGUUAAUGAACAGCUUGUGACUGUUGUGCUUGAGUCUAUUUUGACAAUAAUUCACAACAUGUACAAGGUUAUGUACAUAUGUCACUUUCUUUACAUUGAGAGUUAAUUACA